CGGAGGGGGCGCGGAGGUAGCCGGGCGGUCGGGGUGCAGCAGCCGGCGGCGUCGGGGCCGCAGCCUCGUCCCUUGGCGCGCCGCUCGCACCGGGUUUCUGCGCCCAGGGCGCACGGCGGGCAGGGACGCGGCGCCGGCCGCCUGGCCGCUAUGGAACCGGCCCCCUCCCCCGACGCCGAGCUGCGGUCCUCGCUCGUCGCCAACGCGUCGGACGCCUUCCCCAGCGCGGGCGCCAAUGCGUCGGGGCCUCCGGCAGCACGGAGCGCCUCGUCCCUCGCCCUGGCUAUCGCCAUCACCGCGCUCUACUCGGCGGUGUGCGCCGUGGGGCUGCUGGGCAACGUGCUCGUCAUGUUCGGCAUCGUCCGGUACACGAAGAUGAAGACGGCCACCAACAUCUACAUCUUCAACCUGGCCUUGGCAGACGCACUGGCCACCAGCACACUGCCCUUCCAGAGUGCCAAGUACCUGAUGGAGACGUGGCCCUUUGGGGAACUGCUCUGCAAGGUUGUGCUCUCCAUUGACUACUACAAUAUGUUCACCAGCAUCUUCACUCUCACCAUGAUGAGUGUCGACCGCUAUAUUGCCGUCUGCCACCCUGUCAAGGCCCUGGACUUACGCACACCUGCCAAGGCCAAGCUGAUCAACAUCUGCAUCUGGGUCCUGGCCUCGGGUGUUGGUGUACCCAUCAUGGUCAUGGCUGUGACCCGCCCCCGGGACGGGGCAGUGGUGUGCAUGCUCCAGUUCCCCAGCCCUAGCUGGUACUGGGACACGGUGACCAAGAUCUGCGUGUUCCUCUUCGCCUUCGUUGUGCCCAUCCUCGUCAUCACCGUCUGCUACGGCCUCAUGCUGCUGCGCCUGCGCAGCGUGCGCCUGCUCUCUGGCUCCAAGGAGAAGGACCGCAGUCUGCGGCGCAUCACGCGCAUGGUGCUGGUGGUGGUGGGCGCCUUCGUGGUGUGCUGGGCCCCCAUCCACAUCUUCGUCAUCGUCUGGACGCUGGUGGACAUCGACCGCCGCGACCCGCUCGUGGUGGCCGCGCUGCACCUGUGCAUCGCGCUCGGUUACGCCAACAGCAGCCUCAACCCCGUGCUCUACGCCUUCCUCGACGAGAACUUCAAGCGCUGCUUCCGCCAGCUCUGCCGCACGCCCUGCGGCCGCCCGGAACCCGGCAGCUUUGGCCGCGCCCGCGAAGCUACUGCCCGCGAUCGGGUCACCGCCUGCACCCUGUCCGACGGUCCCGGCGGUGGCGCCGCCGCCUGACCCCGUCGGGCCGGCCCGCCGCGCGCCCCUCCGGAGUGACCCGGUGGCGGUCAUGCCGAGUUCUAACGGGGGCGGGCGCCGCGACGCAGAGUGGGGCGGAAGGGGGCCGCUGGUCUGGAG